AAUAGCACCGCUUGGACCUGAUUAGACCAUUUUAUUAUCAGGGUUGGACGUUUGGAAAACCACCUUCCAGCUGUCACUCACACUUCCGGAUGCCUGUACCGGAUGAGUGUUUAUAAACAGCAGCCGGCCAUGAACACGUGCAAUGGCUAGAAAACUCGAGCGAGGAUAGAGAAGAAGUACAGUACCAUGGAGGAUGUCCAGUCCAGACCCCUUUCAGCCCACUCCACGUACUCACAGACAACCGAGGAUGCAGCCUCCGCCUUGGGAAAUCAUGCUGAACAUCACCUUACUGUCAGUCAGACAGUGCUGGUGGUUCCAAAGCGCUCAGAGAGCCCCAAUCCGAGUAUGACCGAAGACACGACUUAUGUCCCUCGACCGGUGUCUUCCGUUGACGCUUGUACUAACACAGACCCUCCGUACGAAUGCUGCCCAUGGCUGCGCAGACUGUGCCCGUGUCCACCCAGAGGCCUGCUGGCUACCAUUAUCACCAAAGUGUCCAUGGCCGCAGUGCUCUUUGGAGUUGUUUGGUCCAUUACAGAGAAGGAAUGUCUUCCUGGCGGGAACCUCUUUGGCAUUGUGACCUUGUUUAUUUGUUCUGUAGCCGGGGGAAAACUGUUUGGACGCAUACACUUCCCGAACAUGCCACCUUUACCUCCACUACUUGGCAUGCUGCUGGCAGGGUUUAUCCUCAGAAACAUCCCUGUGGUGACAGAUGCAGUUUACAUUGAUGUUAGAUGGUCUGCUUCUCUGAGGAACAUCGCACUGGGUGUCAUUCUGGUAAAGGCUGGGCUGGAAUUAGACGAAAGGGCUUUGAAGAAGCUGAAAACCGUGUGUUUGCGUUUGUCCAUGUUCCCUCUGACCUGCGAGGCAACCACUACAGCUGUGGUCUCCUAUUUAAUAUUGGGUCUUCCAUGGGUCUGGGGCUUUAUUUUAGGGUUUGUCCUCGGGGCUGUUUCUCCUGCUGUUGUGGUUCCGUCUAUGCUGCUUCUGCAUAAGGAGGGGUACGGUUUAGAGCAGGGUAUACCUACUCUACUCAUGGCAGCCUGCAGCAUUGAUGACAUCAUUGCUAUUACUUGUUUCACUACCUGCUUGGGUAUAGCUUUCGCCACAGGCACUGUGUGGGUAAAUAUACUGAGGGGACCACUGGAGGUAUUAGGUGGGGCGGCCACUGGUGUGGCCUUAGGGUACUUUCUACGAUACUUCCCCAACAGAGACCAGGGAAACCUCGUGCUGAAGCGAUCCUUCCUGGUGUUGGGGCUGGCCGUGUUUGCUUUGUUUGGCAGCAAUGUGGCCGGGAUUCCUGGUGCAGGAGGACUCUGUACGCUAGUACUGACAUUUGUGGCUGCAAUAGGCUGGGGGGAAAGCUAAGUGUGUAUGUGUGUUUAGGCUCCAGUGGAAGAGGUGGUGGAGAAGUUUUGGCAUGUGUUCCAGCCUCUUCUCUUUGGUCUCAUCGGUGCUGAGGUGAUCAUUACUUCUUUGGAGGUCACGACUGUGUUUCUGGGUAUAGCAGCCCUGUUCAUCGCACUCACGGUACGCCUGAUUGUCACUUUUGUUGUGGUACUGCGAGCCGGCUUUAACUUGAAAGAGAAAGUCUUCAUCGCUUUAGCCUGGAUGCCUAAAGCAACAGUACAGGCUGCGAUCGGCUCUACAGCUUUGGACAUGGCGCGCUCCAAGAAUGACCUUGAGCUGCAGAGGUACGGCAUGGACGUCCUCACGGUGGCUGUGCUGUCCAUCCUCAUAACUGCUCCUGUUGGAGCUAUCCUCAUCAGUCUGCUCGGUCCUCGACUCCUGCAGAAACCAAAGAACCCUGAGUGGGCUGUCAGUCAAGGUGCUUUAUCUGCAUCGGGGACCCCGGUGACGUAUGAGAGUGCCCUGUGAUGCUUCUGGGAAGUGACAACCUGGCGUCCAAGGCUGCUGAUGAUCCUUUUUGUCUUCGAAGUGGAUUCUCAAACUCAUUAUCACUGCGACCCUCUGAAGUCAGACUGCUUUUCAGAUGAAGGAACCCAACUCUCAUUUUUUUUACCUUCCAAGGUGGAUGGAAACUCUCAAAUCACUAGCAAUAUUGUUUUACAGGUUAUUCUCAUCUAAAAGGUGGGAUUUUGAAGGAUCGAACACUAUAGGGAUCGUUGUUAGCACUAUCAAGUACAAAAACAUGUUUAUGAAUAUUCUUCUUUUUCUAACUUAUGUUUACAUUAGAUAUAUUACAGAUGAGACUGCAGUGACUGCAUAUCAGUGUUACAGAAAGUUGUGUAGUGGCCAGUGCUGUCAUGACUGUGUUCGGAAUGGAAUACUAGCUUACUAUUUACUGAGCACUGUGCAGUAUAUACUGUAUAAAGCCUUCUGUAGUCUAUAAUAAUAAUUAGUGCUGUCAAACGAUUAAUCACAUUCAAAAUAAUAAGGCAUUGCAGGAUAGAGUAUUUCACGCAAGAGUUACAUUUUGGUAAAUGAAGUCUUUAUGUAGCAUUUAUCAAAGUAUUUAAGGUAUAUUAUAUACUGCAGCAAUAGUAAGAAUAGUGAAUAGUAUGGUAAUUAUAACUAUUCCGAUCAGUCAUGGAUCUGUUUUUGAGUUUUUGCAGGUAUCUUGUCAGCUCUGUUAUACAUACAAUCAAAUACUGCUGUAAAAAUUCUGUGGUCACCUCAGAGCUCAGUUAUUACAUUUUGUGUUUACAGUUGAAGUAAUUUUAGAAUGUAAAAAAGGAUUUUUUUUUUUUUUAAUAGUAGUAAUAGAAUGACAAAUGGUAUAUUUGCCACAGGAUUGCACAGUUCGUCGUGUUACUCUCCAUGAACUAUAUUUAUGAGUAUUUUUUUUUCUUCAUGAUUGUUUUGAUAAAAUGUGUAUUUUAAUGUUAUAAAGUGUAUUAUUUAAGUUAUAUAGACGCUAUACAUUAGAGUCUAUAUAACUUAUUUUGUGAACGCUGUUAGUGGGUUAUGUUUACUGCUUUUUGUGUUGUGGUUUUAUUAUGGUUACGCUACAUGCAGUCACUGCUAAUUUAAGCAAUUAAAUGACUACAUCUAAGACCUUA